AGCAAUCUAAAAACUACCCUUUCAGCAGCACCACUUAUAUGAAUAUUCGGUGAUUCAUAACUAUAGAUGUUCUGGCAUCAAAUAUCAUUUAAACUUUGUUUAUAUUUUUGCAUAUAUUAAAGAUAUAUAUUAAGUGUGUAAUAAUAUAAAACAGUAUUCAGUUUUAUAGAAUAUCUAUAGAAAUUGCAAUAUAGUAUCGGAAUUAAUUCAAUUUUUCAAGUAAUAUGUCUUGUAGUUAUGCUGAUGGAUUAUCACCUUAUGAAAACAAAGGUGUUUUAGGCCUCGAAGAGAAAUAUGAUAGUGCAGAUACACUCAGAAUAAAGUGCGGACUUCUUGCUGAAUGGAUUGAAUCAGCUCGUCAUGUUGUGGUACACACUGGAGCUGGUAUAAGUACGUCUGCUGGACUUCCAGAUUUUCGUGGUCCAUCAGGAGUAUGGACCUUGGAGCAAAAAGGUUUGAAGCCUACUAAUGGUACUUCAUUUGAUGAUGCUAUUCCAACCAAAACUCAUAUGGCUUUGAAACAAUUAAUUGAUCAUGAUAAAGUAAAAUUUAUUAUCAGUCAAAACAUUGAUGGACUUCACUUACGAUCUGGAAUUCCGCGCCGAUACCUAGCUGAAUUACAUGGCAAUAUAUUUGUAGAACAAUGUGACAAAUGUGGCAGACAAUUUAUUCGGAACUUUGCAACGACGAGUGUGGGUAAAAAAUGUUUGGAAACAGUAUGCAGAUCUGAACAAAUUGGUGGUCGACCCUGUCGUGGACGAAUGCAUGAUACUAUUCUUGAUUGGGAACAUAAUCUGCCAGAUAACGAUUUGACAUUAUCGGACCUUCAUUCCAGUGUAGCGGAUUUGAGCGUUUGUUUAGGCACCACUCUGCAAAUUAUUCCUAGCGGUAAUCUUCCACUCUCUACCAAAAAAUAUGGAGGGCGACUUGUGAUAUGUAAUCUACAGCCUACAAAACAUGAUAAAAAAGCAGAUUUGGUUAUUAAUGGAAAUGUUGAAGAUGUUAUGAAUAACGUUAUGAAAAAGUUAGGAUUAGAAAUUCCAGAAUAUAGAAGUGAUCAAGAUCCCACUCGAAAUUCAGAUACCACGUCGUCAGGAAUGGAAUGGACGAUACCAUCAAGCCAAAUAAAGGAAAUGAAAGUAUUAUACAAAAAAGUUUGUAAACCAACGAAACGACAAAGGAAAACGUUUAUGUAUGAGAGAGAAAAAUUGGACUAUCCUCCAAAACAGCCGAAAAUGCGUAAAAGGUCAUCUUCAAUUAAACAAGAUUUUACGCCACAAUGUAAUGAGCUUAUUACAGACAAAACUGAGUCUUUAAAUGAUGAUACGUCUAGUAAAGAUAUUAAACAAGAACAAGAAACAUCUUCAAAUACUGAAGCUACACCAGAAGAUACAGUUGCAGUUAAAGAAGAAAGUAGUACUAACAAUGCUGAAGAUCAUGAUACUUCAAGUGGCUAGCAUUCACCUGAAAUGCUACUUUCUGUGAAGGCCCAAAAAAAAAUAAAUUAUAUGUUCUGAAA